GGGUGCUUGGGUUCCUUUCAAGACGGGCGGCGGUGGGGGCGGGGCGGAGGCGGAGCGGGCGGUGUAAACAGACCCGGGAGCCGCGAGCCCCGGAGGAGGCGCGGGUGGCGCCGCCAUGGACUUCCAGCAGCUGGCAGAUGUCGCGGAGAAGUGGUGUUCCAGCACACCCUUCGAGCUCAUUGCAGCCGAGGAGACCGAGCGCAGGAUGGACUUCUAUGCCGACCCGGGCGUAUCCUUCUACGUGCUGUGUCCGGACAACGGCAGCGGCGACAGUUUUCACGUGUGGAGCGAGAGCGAGGACUGCCUGCCCUUCCUGCAGCUCGCACAGGACUACAUCUCUUCCUGCGGCAAGAAGACGCUCCAUGAAAUCUUGGAAAAAGUCUUCAAGUCCUUCCGACCUCUGCUGGGGCUUCCAGAUGAAGACGACGCCUUUGAAGAUUACAGUGCGGACGUGGAGGAGGAGCCAGAGGCCGACCACCCCCAGAUGGGGGUCAGUCAGCAAUAAACUCCUAGGUCGCCUUCCGGAAGGGGAGUAAGCCCUGUGCUGCCCAUGAGGUCCUGUGCUCCCCGGUGGGGUCCUGUACUCCUGGGGUAGCUUUUUGUAUUAGCUCUUCAAAACAGGACAUCUGGCUCCUGACAUCCAAAUGAAAAUGAAAUACCUUUCAAAUGACCAAACCAUUUCUGUGAUGAGCUUCGCUCAGAAGUGAUCAGAAUUUCUGCCCCGCUUUGCCGGGGUUUCUGUGGAGAUGUCUUGGUAGCCUUUGCCACUUUGAAGUUAGAAUCCGUGUUGUGGCUGCCUGUUCCCUCUUGAGUUUAUGUUGGAGAAUUAACAUUUGCUGAUUGGAAUGUAGAGAACGCUGAAUGUAUUAAGGAUGUGUUUUGAGUCCUCACAGGAGACCUUGCUGAGGAAAAGCAUGACAGAGGAGAAAUGCAGCCUGCACUUUUUAUGUCCCUUUGACGUGUCCGUAAGUGAAAGGUCUUGCUUAGGAAGCAUGAGUUUUACUCUCUAGUCGUGAACUGCGCAAGCGCAGAUGCCGAGGGUGAGGGCGGCUGAGCUCCUUGGAGAGUUUCUCCACUGUUAGAUUGGUUACCUGAGCAUGUAGCGGCCAGCCGCUGGUCAGUGUAAAUGUUCCGCGGCUGUUCGAUCGUUUUAAAACGUGCUAAGUCCAAAGCCACUUUUAAAUUCUCAUAGUGGAAAGUAUAGAUGGGGUGAAAGAUAUACAUUAUUGAUUCCUUAAAACUGAUUCUAAGCCUGCAUAUGAAAUGAAACCUUCACCUUCUCUCUUAUGAUGAGACGGCAACUUGUUAAAUCAUGGAAACAACCAGAAUCCGAGUAAGUGACCCUUAAGCUUUGAAGCCAUAGAUGAAAUCUAAUAGGAAAAUAAACCAGGAAAAAAAAAUUAGAUGUAAUGAAAUCCUUUACUUUCCUAAUCUUUUAUUCUUUAGAGAAUGUCAAGGAAAGGCUCCCCGUGAGUUAUUUUAUUUACAAUGAUAAUGAAAUACUCUAGGGAGCCUCCAUGCAGUGAAAUUGUAAAGUGAUGUGAACGUGGGAGUCAUAAUUAGGGAAUUACUUAGUUAAAAGAGGAUGUUUUUGAUGAUCAGGACACACAGACAGCUCUCAAAAGUAACUGCUGUCAUCCUUUUACCAAUAAGUACCAGGACAUUCUCUAAUGCCAUCGGGAGACCCUCCCGUGUCUCAUAACUUAGGAUGCAAGAAUUCCCCUUCACAGCACUUGACUCCUCCGUGCAUCCAGUGUGGGAAUGUCGUGCGUGCGUGCACACGCACACACGGACACACACAUGCAAUCUGAUUAUGUUAUCAGAAUUUUAAACGCAAACCAAACCCACCACCACAGAAGCUUGUGUACAUGGUAUGGCAGCCGUGUC